AUGAAGUGGCCGGAGGGACGAAGAAGAGCUCUGGCGUGGCUACCGUUGAAGGCGGUGGAAGCCUGUGAGCAGCGAGGCCAGAGGCGUGGUUGCCGAUGGCGGAUUCAUCGUGGUGGCGCAGCAGAAGUCCGCGUGAGGUUGAAGGAGCAGGUAACGACAAGCGGUCGGCGGCGGUGGAAGCGUCGAAGGGGACUCCGGCGAGCGAGGGAGGGAAUCGAUGGAAACGGCGGUCAAUGGAUGCUGGCAGGUGGGACGAUACGGUCGUCUUCUCCGGCGGGUGUGCACUAUGACGUAACACGCGUCACAGACCGUGGUUGCCGGAGAAACCGGAAUCCGUCAGAGGGAGUUGAGGUCGGCGGCGAUGUGGGCGGACUAAGGGUGAAGGUCGUGCGGCUA